CACUAGGCAAAAUCGUCGACAAUCCCCAGGUCAGGCUGCUGGAAGUCACACAGCUAGUCUUACGUCCUUGGUCACCUUUGGUCGGUAGUCCCCUAGGUCCUAGCUUCCGGCAGCCAUUACCUUCUCUGGCUAAUUUCACCAUAGUUGCGAUCACUUUUAUGGGGUAGUUGAAACAGUUCAGAAUCCGAUCUGACAUCUCGUCGGACAGUCUACUAGUCUACCACGUAUUGCGAUCAGCAAUGGAGACAGACGACUCGAUUCUAGGAAGCGUCAGUCUGAACACGCUCUCAGCUUUUGAUAAAGCGAACCAGAACUUUCUGGGGAAAUUUGACUUUGCGAUAACCCCGUUGCGACCUCAGAAGCGAGUUUUAAACGCCGCUGCUGGUGGAGGCGACAUUCUGAGCAGCGUGCAGCCAGAAAUCUCCGGUCCCGGUAAUCUGAAUCACUCCUCGAGUUUUAACUUCAACCUAGUGGAGAACAAUGAGAAUAACGUCAAGAUUCCAGUUUCAGUUAACGUCAGCGCCACGCCUAAGUUCGGUCCGACACCGACGCCUGCAAUGAGAAAGAGCCGACGGAGCGUCGCGCGACAGAGCCUGCCAUGGAACAACGCCUUCCUGGAAGACGAAGGGCUUUUGAAUGACGACGAGUUGCACGGCGAAUUUAUCGACGACGGAUUUAUCAUGGAGCGAAUGACCGACUUGGACUGGCCCGAAGACCCCGAGUGUGCCACGUCUAAGAAAGCCUCCCCGAGGUACCCUCCAAGCGGCUCUGAAUCCGCUCCUAUCGACUCUGAGUCCGUGCCAGCCGACUCUGAAAGCGCUCCAAGCGCAGCUGAGUCCGCUCCAAGCGGCUCAGAAUCCGCUCCAUGUGGCUCAGAACCCGCUCCAUCUGUCUCUGAAUUCGCUCCAAGCGGCUCUAGACCUGCUAAGAUUCUUGAGCCGAAAUCCGCCCUGAAGGAUCGUCGCGUCAGCGUUGCCUGGAACGAGGCAUUUUUCAACAAGAAUGCAGAGUCUCUUCUGGACCUCGAUGACGAUGAUGACGACCUCGCGCCACAGCAGCAACCCCCCGGCUCUACCAGAUCUCCCUCCGGUCGACCUUCGUCGCAUGAUCAUGCUCUUGAGCCGAAGGAUGCACCGGACGCAGCGUGCAGUGCACCACGUGCUGCUGCCGACCACCAGAGGAUGACGAGCGAGCAGAAAAUAGCGGCCAUCGUAGAGAAGAGCAACAUUGUGGAGGCCCCGAAGAGUGCGACAAAGGAGGGUCAGAGCAGGGCCAGGGAAGUACGCGACUCAAACUGCCCGGCGCAGCACCUCGGUUUCCAUCGUCGAAUGCGAGGACGGCGAAGGGAGCAGGGAUGUCCCCCGCUCCAGGCGCAAAGACACCCGCGAGUUCGAGCAGGACCCCCAGGUCAGCGGCAACGACGACAGCCCCAAGCACAAGCAGGCAGCACAGUGUGGCGUGAGCACUUCUAGGCUCGCAAAGCAAGGUGCCGGCGGUGUCGGUUCGUCCAGCCUGUCGAAGCAGGGUGGUAGUACCGUCUCGCACGUGACACGGACUGCAGAGCGGAGCAAGAGGCCGACGGCAGGGUCCGGUAGCUCCUGCCACUCCCGUCAGGCAGCCUCGUCAGGGCUUUCGAGCAAGGGAGGCGGGGGUGCCUCGUCAAUACUCCCUGCCUCGUGCGCGGCACGGUGGAUUUGAACAGCCGCUUCGAAUCGUCUACAGGCGCGGAGGAAUCGGAAUCGAACGACGCUGGGCUAUCGGUGCGUCCUGAAGAAUCG